AUGGCUUCUAAUAAAAGUUUCCUCUUCGUCAUCGUCACUCUUCUUCUUGUUCUCAAUAUCUCCGGCAGAACACUCCCUGAGACGGUGGAUUCCACUAACAUAGCGGCAAGGCUCAACGGAGGAGGACUAAUGGAGUGUUGGGACGCACUGUAUGAACUCAAAUCAUGCACCAACGAGAUCGUUCUCUUCUUCCUUAACGGUGAGACCAAACUCGGCGUUGAUUGCUGUCACGCCGUCGAAGUCAUCACCACCGAUUGUUGGCCGGCGAUGCUAACUUCUCUUGGCUUCACCUCUGAUGAAACCAACGUUCUUCGCGGUUUCUGUCAAUCUCCAAAUUCCGGUGGUUCUUCUCCGGCGCCUUCCUCUGUGAAACUUUGA